CAAAGUGCGCGAACUGUUCCUCUAGCGAUGGUGAAGGACCUUGUCAUCAAAUGCAGAGGUCUUCCUUAUUCCUGCGAUGAAAGUAGUCUUCGCAAGUUUUUGGGCGAUAGCGGAAUAAGCAAGGUGAACAUCAUCAUGCGCGAUGGUAAAGCUGCUGGUGACGCAUUUGUACACUACAGCAACGAGGAUGACUACAAAAGGGCGCUAAAGAAGGACAGGGAACACAUGGGACAUCGGUACAUCGAAGUCAUGCCAGCAGAUCAAGACAGCUCCAGUGGCGGUGGUGGCGGUCGUGGAGGCGGUCGCGACCGUGACAGAAGCAGCUUCCGCGAUCGUCGUGAUCGCGACUUUGACUACGGACGUCCUUCUCGAAUGAACAUGAUGAUGCCUGCACCAUACGGCGAAGGAGUUGUUCGACUGCGUGGACUUCCUUACGGCGCACGCGAAAGGGAUAUCUAUGAUUUCUUCGCACCGCUCAAUAUCGUAACGGAAGGUAUUCUUCUUCCUGAUGAUCGCACAGCAGCUAAGACCAAUGGUGAAGCAUACGUGGUCUUUGUUGACCAGGAUACUGCAGACAGAGCGCUCAUGCGGCACAUGAAGAACAUGCAACACCGAUACAUCGAAGUGUUUGCGGCUUCGUACGGCGAGAUGGUACAAUUCUGUGAUGAAUUCCGCCUGCGUGUACCACGCGGUGUUGCCGGGGGAGGCGGUUUUGGUGGUAUGGCUCGUGGAGGAUUCGAAGACUCUUAUGGUGGUGGCUUCGGGGCUUUCGGUCGUCCAGGAGGUGGUGAUCGUCCGGCGGCAGUUGCACCUUGGGAUGACACUCGUGCAGGUUUCGCAGGCUCGCCUAUGGCCGAUCCCUACGCAGGAUACGGUUCGUCAAGUUGGGCUGGAGCAGAUCGUCGUCCUCCUUCACCACGUGGAUCAUUUGGGGAUCCAUAUAGCAGAGUAAGUCACGGUGAUCCUUACGGAAGAUCUGUGGGUGCAGCCGAUCCGUACGGGCGCCCGGCACAGGCCGAAGAUCCUUAUCUGCGUGGAUCCAGAAGACCUGAAGACUUAUUUGCUAGAAGAAUCGAUCCAUAUGAAAUAGGUCGUGGUGCGUCGGAUUCCUGGCGCGAUGAUCGUGCUCCUGGUGGACCGGCUGCUUAUGGCGACUCAUGGCAGGAAUAUGGUUACGGAGGCAGUGGCGCUGGUGGACCAAUACGUGUACGUGAACAUUGGCGAGAUCGCGAAGAUUCCCGAGGGUCAGCUGCCGCCCCACCUCGUGGACGUGAACGGCCCGGGCAAAGGUACACACUCAAAAUGAGAGGGGUACCUUUCCGAGCUAUCGAAGCGGAUAUAUAUGACUUCUUCAACCCUAUCCGUCCAGCGCACGUUGAAAUAAUUCAUGAGGCAAGUGGACGACCUUCUGGAGAAGCUCGUGUCGAGUUCUCCAGCCGAAAAGACUAUGAUGAUGCUUUACUGAAGGACAAACAGUAUAUGGGGCCACGCUACGUGGAGUUGUUCCCCGAUUUUGGAAGUAAUCUGAAACUAUUCUAUCUUACCGAAAAUGAUGAUAUGCACUUUUUCGGUAAAUCGAUGUGGAUAAAUUGUUUCAAACACCGGUUUUUGGGGAUUUCCACCAUUGGUGCUGGUCGACGUGGUGGGUACGUGCCUGGUCGUGACCCGAUGGUGGACGAAGUGAUGCGAGGGUGGCAGCAAAGGUACUGCACGUUUUCCGACGUCUCUAUCUGUGUGACAACGUUCAACGUAAAUGGGAAGAGUCCGCCUGGUGUUUUGCGCGGAUGGUUUCCAGAUGGAAACCUUGCUGACUUUUAUGCUGUUGGCUUGCAAGAGAUGGAUCUUUCUGUUGGAACCUAUAUUAUUGAUAAUCCGAGAAAAAUGGAAGAGUGGAUGCAAUGCAUAAUGCGAUCACUACCUGGCGGAGGAAAAAAUUUCAAAGUUAUAUCCAGCAUGAGGCUGAUAGGAAUAUUCAUUGUGUUAUUUCAAACACGAAAUUCCCCUGUGAAAGUCUCCAAAAUCAGUGCUGCAUAUAUUGCAACAGGAAUCUCCAUGCUCGUCAAUAAACUUGGGAACAAGGGAGGUACAGCGAUAUCGUUGCGGCUGAACGAUACCCUGGUAUGUUUUGUAAACUGCCACCUGGCAGCUGGUACAGGAGAGUUGGAGCGAAGGAAUCAGGACUUUAGGAUAUUUCCCAGCUUACCUUCAGUGACGGUCUUUCCAUAUACGAUCACGACGCCGUGUUCUGACCAGAUCCGACAGAUAGCUUCCUGUUCUGAGUUUCCUGUUUUGCUCAAACUCGACCAGCUAAAAGAACAGCAAUCUAUUGGUCAAGUUUUUGUUGGAUUCCAAGAACCAGAACUUUUACCAUUUCGUCCCACAUACAAGUAUGACGCCGGGACUUCUACAUGGGAUACGAGUGAAAAGGCUAGGGUACCCGCAUGGUGCGACCGCAUAUUGUGGUGGACACGAGAUCCCGAUACUAAGCUGAAGUUGGACUGCUUUGAAAGCAUAGAACAGAUUUCGAUCAGUGAUCAUAAGCCAGUGCGAGCAAAAUUUGCGUUAAGGAUACGUAGUAUAGAUCAAGAAAAAGCUGAUAAAUUGUACGAUGAAGCGAUAAGGGAAGCAGAUCGGAGGGCUAAUGAACUUUUGCCUCAGGUUUCACUGAGUAUAACGGAGGUGGACUUUGGUGAAGUUCGCUUUCUUGAGCCUAGCACUCGCUUGAUAACAGUGAAGAAUACUGGCAAGUCUCCUGUGCGAUUCAAGUUCAUUGUUAGACCGGAGCGAGGUAUCUGCGCUAAGUGGCUUCAGAUAACACCACCACAUUAUGUUAUUCCGAUCGGACAAUCUACUCAGAUAUCAUUGACUGUCAUUAUCGAUAAGGAGAUUUCAUGGGAAGCGAAAGACACGAAGCUUCAAGAUAUUUUAGUCAUGAAUUUGGAACAUGGACGUGAUUACUUUGUACCCGUUGUUGCAACAUAUCUUCCCAGAUGCUUCGGAGUGUCACUUGAACACCUUAUGAACCGCAAAGCGGAACCGGAGAAGAACUUGAUAGAUUUUGGUGAUGGUCCAGAGGAUGACGAACUUUGCCCACCUAAUGUUCCCCGCGAGGUGUACAAACUAGUAUGCGCAUUGCAAAAAUUAGGAACUGACAAACUGGAUCUCAACGAUAUUGUUGACAACUCAACUUUCAUAAAAGUGCGAAUAGCUCUGGAAAACAAUUUCCCGAAAGAUCUAACUCUGCUGCAUGUACCAGCGCUAGCCUUCUACAGCGCACUCUUGCGAUUACUUGAAACUCUCAAAGAUCCACUGAUACCCUUCUCUAUACAGCGUGAAGUUCGAGUAGCAUCCAGCGAUGCCGCUGCCCUUUGGAGGAUCGUAGCAGGGCUUCCACCUGCAAAUGCUGCCACUCUCGAAUACCUUAUUGACUACUUACGUGGACUCAUGCAUCUUCCGGCGGCGGCAGAUCAGCUCGUUGCAUGGGCUGAUGUCAUAUUCCACGGAGGCGCCCUGCUGACCACAUUACCUCAUUUGGAACCCCGUGUAGUUGCUUUGCACAAUUUGUGCGCAUACAGGAGAGAUGUUGCCACAUUCUUUCCAAGCUGAAAACGCAAUGCCUAUAGCGUCCUUGUGCUUUACAUCAUUUUUGAAAAUUCUCCUUUAUCUUUCUUUCCUUAAUAGGACUGUUCUAUUAUGCUGAUCGCAUUUGUUUUUCUACGGUUACUGGGUCAGUAGAAAAUUUUUUGUGUAUAUUUGCCCUAUCAUUAAUAAUGCAGCGCAUUGGUCACCUGUUUGUACAAAUAUCCUUUUAAGUUAUUGCAUCAACUUUUUAGUCGUUUUGAUUCGAGCGGCUCAUGGUUUUAUUGUUUUGUAAUAAUUAAUAAUCACCACUGCGAAAUAUAGGCUUAGUUGUGCUUAUAGAAUUCUUGUCCUUAUCCACUCAGGAGUACGCCAUACUCUAUAAGUCUCUCAUUCUAUGCGUUGUUUUAGUCAUACAUUUUUACCAGUUAUGCGACGGUGACAUUUUGUGAUAUUUCACCUUGAUUUAUGUUUGUACCAUAAGUUAUCGCUGGUUUUUGGUGACUCAAUAGACUAAAAAAU